AUGGCCUUUAAUCCUGGUCCCAGAGCAACUCAUCUAGUUGUGGACUCAGCUGCCUUUAUUGAGCGUACAAAAUUGGAUACUUAUGGCAUGAAGUGUCACACUACUCAGUCUGUUAUCGAUGAAAUUCGCGACAAGAAUACCAGAGCCUUCGUCAACGCGCUCCCUUAUCCACUAAGCAUUGAUGUACCCACACCAGAGUCUCUUAAGUGGGCGAAAGAAAUAGCUAAGAAAACGGGUGAUUACUUUGUUCUAUCGAAAACUGAUAUCGAAGUUGUAGCCCUCACCUACCAACUCUAUAUUGAGGUUACUGGUGACGAACCAGUUGUAAAAGAGAUUAAGCGCCCCACAUUCACAGACAAACUAUUCCGAUUUAAAAAACCACCAGAACUUGGAAACGGCUCUAAUUCCCCCAAACCGAUCCUAGCAGACGAAGAUUUUGACGUAGAAGCAGCUAUGAAUGAACUGGAAUAUGAUCUUGGACAGAUCUCUCAAGACCCACUCCCUGGUGCCGAUGUCGGUGUCACCAUAGACGAGGACUAUUCCGAGCAAUCAGAUUUUGGAGAUGAUAGCGAUGAUUCCAGCGACUGCAAGCCUGCUGAAGGCGAGAUAUUAGAAAAUGUUGAACCCGAAGAGGUGGUUAGUGAGAGCGACUGGAUUACGUCUGAUAACUUGGCUCAGAAGCUGAAAGAAGGCCUGGGUCUCGGGUGUCUUCGGUUAGACGAUGAAGUAGAAAUAUCAGAAGACACACCGCCUGUGCCCGUGGCUUGCUUAACGAAGGAUUUUGCCAUACAAAACGUCCUUAUGAACGUGGGAAUCACUCUUUUAGCCUUAUCGGGCAAGAUUAUUAGGGAGGCUCGGACCCACGUUCUCUGGUGUGGCUCGUGCUACGCACACACAACCAAACAAAAUUCAUACUUCUGCGCGAUUUGCGGAUACCCAAAUCUGAGACGGAUUCCGGUCACUUUACAUGAGGAUGGACAGUUGGAGUUCCAUUUCUCUCGGAAGUUUAAAAAGAAUCUCAGGGGCACUAAGCACCCGAUAAUCCGUCCAAAAGGUGGAAAAUAUGCUGACGACCCAAUUUACCGAGCCGACCAGCGCCUUCCGGACCGCCGCGCACCGAAACCCAAGAAUCCCAACGUGAUCCCGAUGGGUGCCACCAACGGCCUCCUCUUCUGCGACGAUGACGAAGAGGAUGGAGACGGCUUUCUCAUCGAUGCCGCAGCGUGUGGUGUGGACGGUGGUGAUCUAGCAAGCCUUGUCUUCCCCGUUCACGACGUGACCAGCAAAGCAGCCACUCGGGGUCUUCGUUCAGACGGCCAGAUUGUGCCAACACCGUGGGAACGAGUGGCCACGGGCGGCGAGCACGGACUCAAGCCAACUCGAUAUCGAGCAAAUAGGCCGGGACGAAGGCGUACGGGAGGAAAAAAGCACAGAUUGACGAAGUGUAGCAUGAUCAUCGACUCGAGUUUUUGGUUGGAUGAAUUGGACGAUGUUACGGAUAAAAAUGUCACCACGCCCUUCUGA